AUGUCUGGUUACGAAGUUGAACACAACAUCUCUGCGAAGGAUGAGACGGCGCAACCACCGCCGCGCCGGCCUGACCUCUCUACCUUCUUCUCGCAGCUCGAGCUUGUCGAUACCUCUGAUCCCAAUGCGCAUACCAAUGCACACGCCCUGCCGCAGCCGGAGAAUAUGGCGGCGGCAUUCCGCUUGCUUGCAAAUGCUUUCGAGAUGAUGCGUGGACGACCUGCGGACGAGAGCAGUGGAGGGGAGAACGAUCUGCUGGCGAACAUGAUCGAGGUUUUGCGGCAGAAUGCAGACGACCCGCCAGCAGAACUCAAGGGCUGUCCGGAUAGCUUCUUGGACGAGCUCGAGAGAGUGCCAAACAAGUCGCUUAAGCCUACAGAUACAUGUCCAAUCUGUGUUAAUCCAUUCCUAGAGGACAAAUACCCGCUCGUAGUGCAACUGCCCUGCCACAAGAACCACUUCUUUGACUUGGACUGCAUACGACCCUGGCUCAAGCUAAACUCGACUUGUCCACUCGAUCGCAAAGAACUGCUCAAGGAGAAACAGCCACCUCCACCACCUGUGGAGGACGACGAGGAAGACUAUGACGAUAUGUACGCAUGA